CACACUAUUGCUUGAGCACGGGCCGCAGCCAGUGCAAGUGUUCCCCGAGUGCGUUUUUAAAAAUCGUUAUUUAUGUGUGAAACAGGUGUAAAAUAUCCAAUAUUCGUUGUUCGCAACUUGCAAUUGUUGUUGUUUGCCUAGUUGCUGUAUGGCAAAUAUGUUGUUCGGUGCUGUCAACACACAUAGCGAAAACUGUGCCAUUGCCUGUGCGUGUACGUGUGCGUGUGCGUCGUAUGUGUGUAUGUGAGAGUGCGCGUUUAGUUUACGUUGUUUAUUUUUUUUUGUGUUUUGGGGCUCUCUAUCGGCAUCUCGGGCAAAGUAAUUGAAGUUAAUUUAAAGAACGUUGGCUAAAUUUCGUCAGCAAUGAGCAAUUAUCAGUCGCAUAUACAGCAACUGCAGCUGCAACAUCAGCUACAGCAGCAGAAUCAUCAUCAACAUCUUCAUCAUCAUCAGCAGCAGCAACAACAAAAUCUUCACCAUCAACAUCUACCGCCACAUUUACAGUUGACAGCGACGGCUGUAGCGCUGCCCCAACAACAACAGCAACGGCAUACGCCCACAGCCACCCCCCAAUGUCAAUCGACGUCGGCAGCGUCCGCUGCCGCUGUCGCUGCUGGUGCUUCAAUUUUAGUAGCGCAACCGCCGCAGCCACUGAUAAGCAAUUCGCUGGCCAUAAGACAGGAGAUACAGCGCUUCGAGAGCGUUCAUCCAUCGAUUUAUGCUAUUUACGAUCUAAUCGAUUUGCUGCCUAUGCCGGACGCGCAGAUUGCCCAACAGAUACGCGAUCACGUCGUUUGCAUUGAAGAUUCCUUUGUGAACAGCCAGGAAUGGACAAUAUCACGUUCGGUGCCCGAUCUGCGGCUGGGCAUUGUCGGCUCCCUGAAUUCGGGCAAAUCGGCGCUGGUGCAUCGUUAUCUGACCGGCUCCUAUAUGCAGGAGGAGUCGCCGGAGGGCGGUCGCUUCAAGAAGGAGGUCUUCAUCGACGGCCAAAGCUAUUUGCUGCUCAUACGUGAUGAGGGCGGCGCACCUGAAAUGCAGUUCGCUGGCUGGGUGGAUGCGGUAAUCUUUGUGUUUAGCCUGGAGAACGAGGGCAGCUUCAACACGGUCUACAAUUAUUAUACGAAAAUGGCGCACUUUCGCAACGGACAGGACAUACCCAUGAUAUUGGUCGGCACACAAGAUGCCAUCAGCGAGCGCAAUCCGCGAGUUAUCGAUGACACGCGCGCUAGAAAAUUGGCGAGCGACCUGAAGCGUUGCUCGUACUACGAGACCUGCGCCACCUACGGCCUGAAUGUGGAGCGCGUCUUUCAGGAUGCCUGCCAGAAGAUACUGUCACAGCGCAUGCCGCUGCCGGCGGCCAUGCAGCCGCCACGCCCCACCACACCGCAGGGCACACGGCUGGGGCUGGCCGCGUUCCAGGCGCCCACCAACGGGCAGCGGGCGCAGCAGCAGCAGCUGCCGUUGCGCAUGAGCGCCGACUUUGCGCAGGCGGAGCAGAAGCUCUGGUCGCUGCAGGCGAGCGGCUCCACCACUGAGAACAACAACAUAACCAAAUACAAUUCAAGCGCAGCGCAACAACAACAACAACAACAGCAGCAGCAGCAACAACAGCAGCAACAACAUCUGCAGCAUCAGCAAUUGUCGCUGCCCAGCGACUGUGCCCAGGUGCAACUGCGUGAUCCACGGGAUCUGGCACCGCCGCCGGGCAAGGAGCUGCCCACGCCCACAUCGACGCCCACGACAAGCCGGAAAAGUCGACGGCGCUCAAAUCUGUUCAUACCCUCGUCCUCCAAGAAGAACGACAAGGAGCCAAAGAGCAGCGAACUGGGCAGCGGCCGCUCGAUACCCAUCAAGCAGGGCUAUCUGUACAAACGUUCCAGCAAGUCCUUGAACAAGGAGUGGAAGAAGAAGUAUGUGACGCUCUGCGACGAUGGGCGACUGACCUAUCAUCCCUCGCUGCACGACUACAUGGACGAUGUGCACGGCAAGGAGAUACCGCUGCAGUACGUGACGGUCAAGGUGCCCGGCCAGAAGCCGCGCGGCUCCAAGUCCAUCAUCACGAACAGCGCGCUGACCAGCUCCCUGCUGGCCAAUGGGCAGCGGGCGCAGGGCACGCUCAGCGAGGGCAUCGGCUGCCUGACGCUGGCCAAGGACAAUCAGCGCAAGCUGAGCGAGAAGCUGUCGCUGCUGGGCGCAGGAGCGGCGGGCGGGGCGAGCGGCUCCAGCGGCGUGGAGCCUCUGAAAUCGAAUAGCUCACAGCAGACGAGCGGCGACGAGGGCAUUGCCAUGUCCAAUUCGAACUCACAGACUUUCAUAGCGGGCGAAGCGCAGGCCAGCAAACUGGAAGCCCAGACGCCAAAUGUGAAGAAGCGCCACCGGCGCAUGAAGAGCAGCAGCGUCAAGGCGAACGAGGCGGACGACAACGAUGGCUACGAGUUCUACAUUGUCUCGCUCGACUCCAAGCAAUGGCAUUUCGAAGCCGCCAACUCGGAGGAGCGCGACGAGUGGGUCGCGGCCGUCGAGCAAGAGAUCUUCAAGAGCCUGCAGAGCAUCGAGAGCAGCAAAACGAAACAGGCAACCAGCACGGAGCUAGCGGCCAUGGUGGCGAUCCGGCAACGCGUGCCGGGCAAUGGACACUGCGUGGACUGUGGAGCGCCAAAUCCCGAAUGGGCUAGUCUCAAUCUGGGCGUGCUUAUGUGCAUUGAGUGCUCGGGCAUCCAUCGCAAUCUCGGCUCGCACAUCUCCAAGGUGCGCUCCCUGGGCCUCGACGAUUGGCCAGCGCCGCAUUUGAGCGUAAUGCUAGCCAUCGGCAACAGCUUGGCCAACUCGGUGUGGGAGGCGAAUACGCGACAGCGUGUGAAGCCCACCUCGCUGGCCGGCCACGAGGAGAAGGAGCGCUGGAUACGCAGCAAAUACGAGGCCAAGGAGUUCUUGACGCCGCUCGGCACCGGCAAUCAUGUGAAUGCCGCCUCGCCGGGCCAACAGCUGAUCGAAGCGGUCAUCCGAGCGGACAUCAAGUCGAUCGUGUGGAUCCUGGCCAAUUGCCAGUCGGAGGUGACCAAUGCCAAUGUGAGCGCACGCGACGUUCGCACGCCUCUCCUGCUAGCCUGUGCCAUUGGCAACUUGGCCAUCGCCCAGCUGCUCAUCUGGAACGGUGCGAAUAUCAAGCACACGGAUCAUGAGGGUCGCACCUGCUUGGCCUAUGCACGCGCCGCCCAAUCCCUGGCCACGGCCAAGUCGAUGAAGGCCGCCGCCGCCCUGGCCGCAGGCACACCGGCUCCCGCACCCGCACCAGCGCCAACCGCCAAUGGUGGCAUACCCGCACCACAGUACAAUGUGGAGGAUACGACGGCAUUGGUGGAGCUGCUGGUGGGCCUGGGCUGUCCCGAAUCGGCGCCACUCACGGCCAGCGGCACUUUGCCCCGACGACGCGAUACCCUGGCAACGCCCUACGAGAAGUCCGUAUCGGGCGUUAUCUAAAAACAAGAAAAACAAAAAAAU